AUGUCUAGAAGGCCCAUUUCCACUCGUCGCCUUGCAGACGGUGGGAGCAUUCCAUUUGUGGGUUCAUUGCACCCCAAAUCCCGUCCAUCUCCUCUAUUAUCUGUAGGGCUUCUUGUUGUGGGAGCAUUACUAAUUGUUGGUUAUAUGUAUCAUGGUUCAGGUUCAAGGAAUGGCGACAUGGCGGCUUUAAGUAGACUGGAUGGUGGUGUCUCUUGUACUCUAGAACUUCAGAAAUUAACUCCUAUUCUUAAGAAAGCAUAUGGCGACAGCAUGAGGAAAGUGUUGCACGUAGGCCCUGAUACCUGCUCCGUAGUCUCUCAACUAUUAAAAGAAGAAGAUACUGAAGCUUGGGGUGUAGAGCCAUAUGAGUUAGAUGAUGCUGAUGCUACCUGCAAAAAUCUUGUACGAAAGAGCGUUGUGCGUGUGGCUGAUAUCAAGUUUCCUCUUCCCUACAGGGCAAAGUCAUUUUCUCUUGUCAUAGUGUCAGAUGCAUUGGAUUACUUGUCGCCGAAGUACCUGAACAGAACCGUUCCUGAGCUAGCAAGGGUAUCGGCGGAAGGUUUAGUUAUACUAUCUGGUUUUCCAGGUCAUCAAAGAGCUAAAGUGGCAGAGCUAUCUAAGUUUGGUCGCCCGGCUAAACUGCGAAGCUCGUCUUGGUGGAUAAGAUUUUUCAUUCAAACCAGCUUAGAAGAGAACGAAGUUGCUACUAAAAAGUUCGAGCAAGCUGCAGCCAAGAAGUUAUACAUGUCAACUUGCCAAGUUUUCCACCUCAAACCGUUGCAUUAA